UGCAGGAGUUUGAGCUGAUGGAGAAUCUCCUAAAGAACAAGCAGGAAGAAGGUGAAUGCUGGGACCAACGGAGCUCGGUCAGCAUCCGUUCAUCCUUCACGCGUCAGGAGAGGAAUCGGCUGCUUUGGGAAGAUGUCUCGGCCAUUGAGGAGGAUGCCACCAAGAUCACUGCCCUGAAGCUGCGGCUGGACGAGUCUCAGAAAGUGCUUCUCAAAGAAAGGGAGGACAAGCUGUCCCUCAGCAAGAACAUUGAGAAGCUGGAAGGUGAGCUGAGCCAGUGGAAGAUCAAGUACGAGGAGCUGAACAAGAACAAGCAGGAGGUGCUGAAGCAGCUGAACAUUCUCAAGGAGAUUCACCAGGAUGAACUGGGACGCAUCUCUGAGGAUCUAGAAGACGAACUGGGGGCUCGCUCAAGUAUGGACAAGAAACUGGUGGAGUUACGGUCAGAGAUGGAACGCCUCCAGGCCGAGAACGCGGCAGAAUGGGGCAAGCGCGAGCGGCUGGAAACGGAGAAGCUGAAUCUGGAACGGGAGAACAAGAAGCUGCGGGCACAGAUUGAGGACCUGGAGGACGUCCUGGCCCGGAAACGGAGGCAAACCACUUGUGCUCUCGACACAGAUUUUAAGACCAUCCAAGCAGAGCUGUUUGAGAAGAACAAGGAGCUGGCUGACCUGAAGCACGUCCAUGCCAAGCUGAAGAAGCAGCACCAGGAGAAGAUGGCAGAAUUGGGCCACACGAUCCGGCGGGUGGAGCAGCAUGAGGGGGAAGUAAAGAAGUUGCGGUUGCGUGUAGAGGAACUCAAGAAGGAGCUGGCCCAAGCUGAGGAUGAGCUUGAUGACGCUCAUAACCAGGCCCGGAAAUUGCAGAGGUCGCUAGAUGAGCAGACAGAACAGAGUGAAAAUCUCCAAGUCCAGCUGGAACAUCUGCAAUCCAGACUUCGCCGGCAGCAGAACCUCCCUCUUUUUGGGAAGAUCCGUGGGUCGCGCUUUGGUCCAGAUGAUCCUGGUGAUGGCACCAGUGACUUGGAUGAGGAUGAAGACUUGAAGAUCCAAGUUCCAUAGCAGCUGGUUCCAAGUCUGGAGAUACUGGGGGUUGCAUUUGAAAGGCCAGGAAGUUGUGGAGCUGAGCCUAGUGGCUCUUGGGGGAGAUAGUUCCUUGUCUCACCCCAGAGCCUCUUCUUUUGCCCAACCUGAAGGAUGAUCAAAGAGCUCAAAGCAGAUGACAUCACCCCCACCCCCACCCCAUGUGCUGGCCUUCAUCAGAAGAUUUGUGCAGAAGUUCUGAGAAACUUUCUUGAAAGUCAUAUCGUAUCCCCUUUCUCUUCUCCCAUUCAGCCCCAAUCCAUCAAACACCACUGAUGCUAACAAGAAGAACAAAAUACUAUAAGCUUCAUGUGCCCAAAGCAAUGGGAAUCAUCUUCUGGCAUGGAGGGAACAUGCUAACCGCCCCUCUACAGUCUUAAUUCCUGUCCCACUCAAAGCUUCUACUAAUGCCACCUUCCUUGAAAGGUUAAUUGCAAUACUUCAGUCCCUGCAGAUCCAAAGACUUAGGGAUGAGUUCACUUGCUAUGGCAGGCCGGGGAGGGAACCAAAGUGUGGGAGAGAAAAAGUGGGGUUCUCUGUUACCAAAGGUCCCCCUGAGUCCAGGCACUUUUGACAUCACUUCUUCCCCAAACCAACCAGUCCAGGAUGUUCUGCCACAUCACUCCCUCCGUAUCUCAUGAGUGGAACUGAUGUUGAAAUGCAACGUCUGAAGAGAAGGCAAUAGAAGCACCAGAAAAUCUGGGAGGUAGAUUUUUCCAUCUCAUUAGCCUACCUUUUAUAUAUAAAUAUGUAUAUGUAUAUGUUUUGUAUUAUAACACUGAACUAGCCAAGAAAUUCCUGCCUGCCUGCCUGCAGGAGGAAAGUUAACAGUGAAUUCUUGAUAUGCUAUGAUUCUUCAAGCCAUCUGCUUUGUGGCAGUAGACCUAAAAUGGGGGUGGGGGGUGGCAUAUCUCUUUCUUCCCCAGCUGACACUUCUCCAGUUGUUAGUUUUUUAAGAGCCUCCAGUAUUAAACCAUAGUUUAUGUGGCCUUCCCUAACAGGCUGCCCUCCAGGUAGAACAAUUUUAAUUCUCCUUCUCCUUCUCCUUCUCCUUCUCCUUCUCCUUCUCCUUCUCCUUCUCUUUUUCCUCUUCCUCUUCUUCCUCUUCUUCUCCGCCUCUGCCUCUUAUUUUAAAUCAACACUUGUGUCCUUAAAAUCAGCUAAAAGCCACAAUGGCAGGUCUCUUGGGCUUUGGCACUGCUCUUUCACAGAAUCCAUUCCUGAAUCUUCAAUAGACCUUUUUUGAUGCCUCACACAGCCACACUCAGGACUAUUGGGUCUCUUGGCCUUAGCAUUCCAAUUAUUCUUUCUCUUGCAUUUAGCAGAUGUUCAACAGGUGGAUUUCUGGAGAUGGUAGGCUUUGAACUCACAUCACUGGCACAAAGUGUGUCUCUUAUUGUGGUGCUUGCCAAAGGAAGAUGUUUGUCAUUUUUCUUCAGCCACCAGAAUGGCUGAAUUCUGAGAGUUCUCAUCCCAGUUCUGGUGGGGUUUAGCAUUCUACCUGAACGUAUGUCUUGUUUACACAUUGCAUUGUGCAAUCAUGGUUCCAAGCUCCAGUUUGAUUGAUACAGUUGGUUGGGUUCACACAAGCUAAGCCCACAUUAAACCUCAUUAUCGUUUAAUACAUUGGGUGGACCCAGUCACUGUAUGUGGGGUUUUUUGCCAAUUGAAGGCUCUAUGUAAAAGUCAAGGGCCAAUCCCUCUCUCUCUGCCCUAGGAAGAAGGAAGUGGUAAGCCACUUCUGAAAAGGUUGCCAAGAAAACUGCAGGGUUUCCUCCAAGCAGUUGCCCGGAGACAGGAUUCACUUGAAGGACUAAAAUAAUUCUUAAGCUCCUCAUCCUAUUUCAGCAAGUUUCAUCUUCCUUUUUACCAGUGCUGAAUGUACUUUAUACCUGUGGCUUUAAGGUCUGGCCCCUGGAGUGGCUCCUCUGGAAAAGCCUGCCCAAAGCUGGUGCCGUCCAAAGUGGUGGGGACCGCAGCUCCCAAAAGUCCCCAUAACACUUUCGGAAGGGUGCCGUUGCCUGAGAAUUCUGGGGUUUGUGCUUCCAAUGCAUCUCAAGAGCACCAGGCUGAAGAAGGUGUUCCAGAGGCCAAGACAUUGUUUUACCCACAGGACUAAAUGGUGCUAACUAAUCCUGUUUGACAGCUUGCAAGGUGCCUUCUUGACACAAAAAGCUUGAUACAAAGUCUGGAGCUCCAACUAACCCAGUAUGGCAGUUCACAAAUGGGGUAGACCUGCUUGAUAGCUUAAUCUCAAGAGAGAGGAAGCUCUCAUGUGGUAGCAUUUUGCAGGAUCAUGGUGCAAAUAAGACAUUUGGUCACCAGCAAAAUGUUAAUAUAUAAACGUUUUUGAUCCACUUGUCAUAAAUUUCAAAACACUUUGCAAACGAAGGCUGAGGAGGAUUUCUGAGAGGGCCCCCUCCCAGUUCCAUUCCUACCUACUUUUCCUUCUCCCAUACUUCCUGCCUUCGCCAAAGGAUUCCAGAUCCUUUGCAUUGGCAACCUCAACUCUUGAAAGCUGGAGAGCUAAUAGCUAGUCAUGAAAUACAUGGCAACACUCAUGAUUUGCUCUGUGUCGGUUGUGUUGGUUAGAGAGUUGGGGAUCCUUGUUGCAAUACAAUUUAGAUUUGUUUGGUACUCAACAUACAGAACUUUAUUUGUAGCUGAUCUGAUGCUCUUUCUGAAGCUGUGAACAGAAGUUGGGUAAAGCUCCAGGACAUGGAGGUCUCCCAUAGGUACCAUUUACUUCACAGCAAAGGAAUGAUUCAUUCAACUUUUUUCAAUAAACAAGAAUUUAUAUUAAAUGUGUUGGGUGGAUAGAGUUUGAUCUCAGAGAGAAGGGCAUGCUGUUUUAUAAGGUGUUACAAAAGUUUUCUAGAACUUUGCUUCAGGCUGGCAAGGCCAUAUUUGCACCAAAGUCCGUGCAGGUAGACUCUCCUGCCAUAACUCUGUUUGAUGGGAAGUUUCCGAAUCUCCUGACAUUCUGUUAUUAUUGUCUGGUGGGAUUUCCAGUGGGAAGGGAGGAGACUCCCAAUGCUGCUUUUUGGCCAAAAAUUCCACUUGAUAGUCCCUCAAUCGAUAUUCUGACAACAUCAAAUUCUUCCUUUCCCCCAGUUUUAUUUAUGUGUACACAUGCACGCGUGUGUGCAUUUAAAAGGAUCUUCUCCACGAGCUGCUCCAUGAAUAAAACAUUGGGUCUUGCAAUUACCAGCUCACCAAGGCUUAUUCGGCUUGACAGCUAAUAUGGUUCUUGGAGAGGAGCCUAAAACAAUGGUUAAAAAUUAAGCAAUAAUGGCCUAUGAUAACAAUUUUAUAGCAAACAUGGGGUUUAUGUUUCCACCAUGGCAGCGUGAUGUAACUAGUGUGAGUUCACUUCCUCCCCACACAGAGUUGCAGAGUCGUCCAAGGGUUCCCAAAAAUGGUUUCCAGGGAAACUACCAGGUAGCCUUUUUGGAUCUGGACCUCUCUUGCAAAGAGGGAGUGUGUUAAAAAGAUGGGAAAAGGUUUGCAUAUGUUUGCAGGCUGGUCUCUUACAUCUCCAAACUAAAGGCUUGUUCUCAUCAUGGCAGUAUAGCCUCUUAUGAAGCCACAAAGAGACCCCAAGGGACGUGUGCACACGAGUCCAGGCCACACUGAUGGGGUAGGAGCUGCCUCAACUCCAACUCUACUAGGAAGUCAUUAUCUGCCUAUUCCAAUGAUUUGCUUGGAAUCUCCCUUCCCCAUCUUCAUAGCUUUCAAAUGUAUUGGACUACAGGUGCCAUCAUCCCAGGUAAGCUGGCCCGGGAGUGAUAAGAACUGUACUCCAGCAGGACUCGGAUGCUUUGAAUAAUCCUUUCCCAAUUUGCAAUUCUUCCCAUGUUUCAAAUAAGGUGAUCCUCUGAUGGGCUGGGCAGAUACGUCUGCCACUGCAAAGGUAGCUCCAGUCAAGCCACGUUCAUGCAGACCACACUGGAAAGGCAUGUUUUGGGUUCAGACAUGACACAGAAGUGUUCACUCUCACAUCACAAUCUUUAAAUAGGGCCUCCCCCAAUAGGCUGCCCUCCAAGUGUGCUAGACCCCAAAUCCCACAAAGGGCCCUGCUACUUAGGAAUUAUAGGAGUUGUAAUGGCUCCAGACUGGGAAGGCCAGCCUAAGGGACACCUGCUUUCCCCAACCUAGUGCCCUCCAGACUGCCAACUCUUGUCAAUGCUGGCCAAUAUCCCAGUGGCUCAUUAACUUUCUGGGAUUCCUAUGGUAGGAGAUCAUCUACUCAGUGAAGAGAUUAAGUGGACAUCACAUUUGCAGUACUUAUGUCCAGCUGGCCUAAGUGAGAGGACAAGACCGCUGCCAGGGUGGUCCUCUGGGCCUCUGAGUUGCCUAUUUUCUUCAUAGCUGUUCAUUAUAGAAAUCUUGAAGCUUUAAGAACCAAUUGCCUGAGGUUGUUUUUCUGUUUCCUUUUUCCUCCCCAGGUCCUUUUCUUUCUGCGCAGUAUCUUGUUAGAUUGCAAGUGUGGGAGCAGGACUGCUAGGCCUUUCAUCUUCUGAGAACCAUUUAGGCUGAAAGAACCACAUAUAAAUGGAAAAAAUAGACAAAUGCAGGAAGUCUGUGUCACACCCAGCUGUUCCAUGAAGGCCACUAUCUGUAGGAAAUGUCGCUCCUACAUUUCAUUUUCUCUCUGACCUCAAGGUUUAUUAUCCUCCCCUUCAGAAACCAUAGCUAGAGAUAUACCACUCUUUAAUGAUACAACUCCAUGUAACUGAUGGUGGACUAUAACAGCCUAGGCUGUUGUGUAAUAAAUUGGUUAGUUUUCAAGGUGCCUUAAGUCCCUUUGAUUGCAAAGAAGACUAACCCAACUGCCCAUGUGGGAAAUAUGAUUCUUGAAUUAAUUCUGCAACAAAUUAUCAAGGAGGGACCCAUGAUCUAACAUGUCUUACCUCUUUAUUUGUCUCUCUGAAUUCAAGCUGCAUCUUCUCUUUUCCUCUCUCCCUGCUUCCAGUUCUUUGUCUGGAUGGAUUCGAAGAGUCACUGAUCCUCAUUUCCAAAUUCCAAUGCUACCUUUAUUUCAGAUGUUCUUCUUUCAUGUAUCUGUAGCAGACAACAAUAAAUCACCUGGACCCUAGAAGCAUUCCUCAUUCACAAUUCCCAUUUGGGAGAAAAUGGAGGAUUCAGAGCUGCUAAUCUGUGUAACAUUGUGCAGCAAUUCCAAAGUGUGCCAAUGUCAAAAGUAUUCAGGAUCUUAAAUUUUAUGAGAGAAAUGCCUGUUCCCUGUAGUGUACACUGCACAUUCAUUUAUUUUUAAAAACAGUCGAGUCUUGUGGCACCUUAAGGAUUAAUAAAUGUAUUAUCUCGUAGGCUUUAUGCAUCACAGUGGACUGUAAGUAUGAGAAAUAAGAUAAGUUUAGAGGAAGGCAAAUAUUGUUUAGUAAGUUUAAGAGGCCUAGUGGAGCAAUUCUUAGAAUUUGAAUAUGACAACUGAAAGAUAUAAUUUAUUCAAAAGGAACAUAAACAAUAGAAAGAAAGGAAAGGAUCCAUUUCCUGCUAAAAAGAUCCUCAUUUGCAUAGAAAUCCAAGGGAAUGAAGUUGGUGACAGGUUGAGAACAUCUACAUCUACAUGAAACCACCUGGAAGUAAGAAUAAAAGUGGCUCCCCCACUGAUGGCCAAUAUUACCUAUACCCACAAGAAGAUAUGGAUGAUACUUUCAGAAAGAAGCUGCAGAUCAUUUAAAGCAUAAAGUCACAGUCAUGAGAGACUUGAAUUAUUCCAAUCGCUGUUGGGAGACAAUUGUGCAAUGUAUGGUCCAUCCAGGAAAUUCCUGAGUUAUCUUGCUAACAACUUCCUCCUUCAGAAAGGGGAGGAAAGAACCAGAGAAUCAACUAGCCUUUUCUUUUUCCAAGAAGGAAGAAUAUUAGUAGACAAAAUGCAAAUUGUAGGAAUUUAGGGGAAAACUGGCCAUAUAAGCCUAGGAUAAUAUUGAGGGAAGCUACAGUUGAAUGUAGUCAACUUGGACUUCCUUGAAUCUCAAGAAAGUAGAUUUGUAUAAGCUAAGAAAAAGGAAAAGUGAAAUUCCAUGGCUGGGGUGGUAAAGAGAACCAGAACUCAAGAUGGGUAGAAGUUCCUAAAAGGAAGAUGCUACUACCAUAAUCACAAAAAAUUGCAAAAAAAAAAAGGAAGGCAGUAGAAGAAGCCAGUGUGGCUGCAUAAAUAAACCAAGGAGAUCAGAAAAGAACACAGCAUAGGAAGUGGAAAAACAAGGAUGUUACCAAGGAUGUAACCUAGGCAUCUGGUAUGUGAUGAAAAUACAAUAAAACAUGCGUUAUGACCUCAAAACACAAGCCCAGCCUUUCGGGUCUGAGUCCCAACAACUGACACAAGUAGAGGAAUCAUGGGUUAGAUCCCGACGUCAAAAUGCCCUUUUGUCACUUCCCCCUUCCCUCCCCGAUGGAUCCCAGGGCCAAGGAGGAGGAUGUACAGUACAGAUAAGUGGAAUUUAUAGGACCGAUGUCAGAAAAACUAAAGCUGGAACGAGCUGAGGUUUGGUGAAGAAUGCCAGGCAUUAAAAAGGGGGCUUCUUACGUUCCAAAUUAAAGGAAGGGAAAAGCAACUGUGUGUCAAAAUGAUAGCAGGCAAAAAGAAAAGGAGGAAUCUAAUCCACUCUUAAGGAAAGGCUACAUGUUUCACUGGGUGACUGAGGAACUGGUGAAAAGGCAGUUUGAUUGAAAUAUAACCUGGGAACAUAGCCUCCAGUCCUCUGUUCAGGAUCAAAUCAACUGCAUCUGAAGGAACUUGUUGAUGGUCUGGCUCUGUCUGUUAUCUCAGAGAAAGGCUGGAGAAUGGAGGAAGCAUCCGAUCCACGAAGCAGCAUAAAGUCAUCUCCAACUUCAAAGGGGAAGGAAAUCCAAGGGAACUGCAGACCAGCCUGAUACCCAGAAAGUUUGACAGCAGAUCAUAAAUUGAUUAGCCUGUAAACCCAGCAGCGGUGUGGAGGGAGGAUGGGACUGGGAGUCAAAAACAUCAAGACGGCCAAGCAACUACAUGAUUGAAUUCCCUGCCCCUUUUUUGCAGACAUCACCCUCACCAUGCAUGUGAAAAGGGGGGGGGGGCUUUAAUUGUGUGGCCAGGCUGCCAUCUUGAUUAUUUUUAUUCCCCUCCCUUCUGCAAUUCCCUCUGGGUAAGCACCUUGAAAACAAAGCAAUGAUUCCUAGACGCCAGCAAGAACUUGUCACAAAUGUCAUAGCCAGAACUGUUUUAUUUAUUGAUCAGGUAACUUCCUUAGCCUAAGCACUUGUCUCUGGUUGCACCUCUCCACGGGGCAAACAUGACCUGAAAGAUCUUUUUUUCUCCCAUGUUCCCAUGGCAUUACCUUCACCUCCUCCCUAGUCCAUGAGUGAGACACCCUAAGUCAUCCUUAGCUGGACCAAUACAAAGUAGAGGGAGGAGGGUGUGGAUUUAUUUUCCAGAGCA